GCCGGGUACAAAUCUUGUACGACGACGCGACGCCCUCUCUCUCUCUCUUUCUGCUUCUAUAAAAGUCUUCCUGGAGUACGGAGCUCCCCAGCCCCAGUCCCACUCCCCUCCCUCCCGCAUCACCAGCCAAACGCCACCUCGUGCUGCCCCGAGCUCCCGGCCUCCGCAGUCAGGAACAUCCUUCUUUCUCCCGAGCUCCUACUCCUCCACGUACGCUCGGAGCUUGCCAUAGGACGCCAGUCGUCAGCCAUGAAGCGGCUCCUGAGGCGGCUCUCCCGCACGGUAUCGGUAUCGGUGGCGGGGGAGGACGGAGGCCCGGCGGCGCGGCCCAGCAGCAAACACAAGCACCGGAGGAGGAGGAAGGGGAAGAAGGCGGGGGCGGUGCCGGAGGGCCACGUGCCCGUGUGCGUGGGCGAGGAGGGCGGCCCCGCGGAGCGCUUCGCCGUGCGCGCCGAGCUGCUCGGCGAGCCGCCCUUGGCCGCGCUGCUCCGCCGCGCCGCGCAGGAGUACGGCUACGCGCACCCUGGCGCGCUCCGCAUCCCCUGCCCCGUCGACGACUUCCGCCGCCUCCUGCUCCGCCUCUCCCACGGCCCCUCGUCGCCCGCGCCGGAUGCUAUGCCUAGGGCCUAGGCGCAGGCGCAGGCGUUCCUCGCUCCUGCCCUGCUAGCCAAGCCAGUGGAGUACUACUACUAGCAGUAGCUGCUUGCUGGCAGAACUAGCUGCAGCCGGGUGUCCUUUUUUUUUACCGGCCCUUCUAGUUCUAGGACUCGUCAGUGUGUGCGCUAGGGAAUCUGGUUGGAGAAUUCGGCAUUAACCGUCCCUACCUCCCUCGAUUUGAGGCUGGCUGUCCAUGGUGAUUUACAUUAUUGAUGACUAUUGAGGCAGUAGUGAUUUAAUUUCCACAUAUAUAUAUUCUAGCACUGCGGUAUA